AUGCCCGCAUCCGGUAAAACGACUAUUUCAUACAAGCUCGAAGAGAUUUUCGGAUUCAAGCACAUCUCUGCAGGCGAAUGCUUGAGGGAGGAAAUGGAUGAUUCCAACUCACAAUACUCAUCGCUAAUUAGAUCUUAUAUUGAUAAAGGUGAAAUAGUACCUGGUCAUAUUACACUUUCACUCAUGAGAAAGAAGAUCAAUUCAUUUGGUUGGGGAAAGACCGUGGUAACAAUUGACGGUUUUCCUCGUAAUCUUGACAAUGUGCAGUGCUGGGUUAGGGAAAUGUCUGAUAUCGUAGAGGUUAUUAACCUCAUUUGUUUCGUUUGUUCGGAGGAGACUAUAAAGGAUCGUCUAAAACAUAGGACUGAAGAAAUGGAGAGAUCAGAUGACAAAUUGAGUGUUCUAGAGAACAGAUUAAGAGUUUUUCGUGAUCAAACUGACCCCGUUGUUUUAUGUUUCAAUGCAGCUUCAAAGUGUUUAACAAUAAAUGCAGACGCCCCAAGGGAGGAAGUAUGGGACCAAGUUGACCGAUAUAUACAAUCCCUGGGAUACAAACAUGUAAAUUAG